ACAGUUGUGUGCAUUUAUUUGAAUUCAAUAGUAGAGUUCAGUCUUAAUAUACCAAAUUAGUCUAGGGAGUUAGUUUGUUUCUCAAGUUGUCAAGAAAUGUCGAAAGAUUUGCCAACCAUUGAAUCUGAGCCAGAAUCCACCAGCUCCAUGGACAGCGAGUUAGAUGUUACCAGCGAAAAGUUUGAUCCCUUGCGCGCUCUGUAUGAGCCGGGCUUCGUCAUCACCAAGCGGCAACCAAAAGUGAUUUACCAAAAUAUCGCUGCCUUGGAGAGUGCGUACAAACGUGUUGGCAUUUUGGAUCUCGAUAAGCCAGCUGCAAAAUUAACGAACAAAAAUAAGAAAGCGGUCGAUAGUGGCACUAAUCCGAGCUGCUCCAAGCAACCGACAAUGAACACUGAAGAGGGAGAGCAACGUCGCUUCCAGCCACAUCAAAUGCCCAUAAAAGGAAGCCGCCGUAAGGUGAAGGACAUGCAUAAUAUUUUCACAUAUCUCGAUGGAGUAACUGGGCCAAUGGCAUCUUUAAAGCAAUCAAUAGGAGAGCAACAUCGUGUCCGUGUAUUGAUACGGACCAAAAGCGGAAUACGCGGAAGUGUGGAAGGGACGCUGAUAUGUUUUGAUAAAUUCUGGAAUUUAUGGCUGCGCAAUAUAAAGGAAACGUGGCGCCGUCGCAAGUACAAAUAUGGUGUAAAUAAGAUGUGUGGCGAACCAGCAGAUUGUACUGAGAGAUUGCGUGCACUCGGUAUCGAGUUGCCGAGACAGCAAGUGAAGAGUAUUAAUAGGAAAACUGUCGAAAUUAGUAGAGAGUUAAAGCAGCUUUUCGUGCGUGGCGAACAAGUGGCUUUAGUGAAUAUAUUGCCACAUGGAAUAGAAAUAAGCAAACCAAGUACGUUAAAAACUUCUCGCAAUUGAGAAGAAUCACUAAUACUACUAGGAAGUUGUAGCAAGUUUGUUUGCAUAAAAAAUUCUAUCUUUUUAUUUUUUGUAUAAUGGAAAACAAUAAAAAUA